AUGUUGGUUUUAGCAUUGUGUCUGGGACUUUUUAGUACCUUCACUGUUUUAGUAGUCAGGUUUUUUUAUUUGAAAGUCCAGUGUUGGUUUUGUGGACAUACUGCCUUCACAUCAUGGAGUAGAAAGACAUCGUUUGUUUGUCAACAAUGUGGUCAGUAUAAUGGAUUUAAAAGUGAUGGUGAUUACAACAAAGUUAUACCAUCUCAGUUCAUUGCCGAGUUAAAUCCAGUUAAUUUCAAUAAGGCUCACGGUACGUUUUCAUCACAUUCUGAUGUAUUGUGCCCGGACUGUACACGUAAUCAAAAUACUAUUGUCCAAAAGUUGUCGGAGUAUACCCCGAAAAAUGACAAGUCGGAUGAAGAAAUCAAAGAAUACACUCGCCUGCUGGAGUUGGAAUAUGGUUUGUGUUCAAGUUGCUAUCAAAAAGUUAAUAAUAAACUUAGGCAGUUAGAUUGUAAAUUAUUACCAAGUUUCAUUGAAUGGUGGCAUAAUAAACAACGAACAAUUUCUCUGACUAAAAAUUCUAAUUCAUUAAAAACUUAUCGUAAAACUAUUGCAUGGUUUGAAUUAUUAAUUGUCUUACGUAUUAUUAGUAUCUUAUGUUUCAUAUCCAUUAUUACUGGUCCACUUCUAAUUGAAAUCAGUAGACAAACAUGCCUUAUUCAUAUUACAACGAAUAAGUCUUAUCUAUAUAAAUUUGUUGAAUUAUUUUGGUCUAAUCAUUGUCGAUCUUAUUCACGAAGAUAUUGUACUGAAAUAUUGACUUAUUCACAACAUUUCUCUCUUUCUAAUAUUGGUCAAUUAUGGUUUAAUUUAUUAAUGUUUUGUUUACAAAUAACACUUGUUGCUAUGACUAGUUUAAAGCAUGGUAACAAACAUUAUUCAAUGUAUUAUGAUGGUUUAAAAUCAUUAGUCUUAUUGUAUGAUAUUUCAAUGCUUUUAAUUUCAUUGAAUAUUCUCUUAUCAUCAUCUUCAGUAAAUAAUGAUAGUUUUAAUCUAAUGAAUAGUAUGAUAUGGUCUACUACUUCAUUUACUCAUAUUACACUAUUAGGUGUAUUUGUUUUGUUUAUUUCAUUCAUUAUUAUUAUUUAUGGAAUUAGAAUAUGGUUAUCAUUCUUUCUUAAAGAUUGUAUGUCACAACAGAAAGAACUAAAAGAUACUUGGCCUAGUGAUGUUAAAUUACCAUGUCUUCAAUCAAUUGAUAGUAUAAGUUAUUAUUCAACACCAAGUCAUUAUUCUACAAAUUGUACAAUGAACUCUUUAAAUUCAAGUAGAAAAUCUCUUGAAGAUGAAUUGGCUGAUACAAAAUUAUAUUCAACAAAUAAAUAUGAUAAUAUAUUUCGACCGUCUGUUCUAAGUGGUGGCGGUGGUGGUGGUGGUUCUGGUAGUAAUAAUAUUUCUCCUAGUGUUAUUAGUUCUCAAUACUCGAAUGUGAAUUCUCGACAUUCAUUUACAUCUUCUAAUUUAUAUUCAACUCGUUACAAUCCAAUGAAACAACAACCACCGCCACUACCACCACCAUCACAACAACAACAAAUGAUUGAAUCUUGUCGAUCUGAUGAUGACAAUUUAAGUUGUAUGACAAGUAUUAGUCAUUAUAAAUCAAAUAAUCCUAAUUGUUAUACACUUGAUUAUCAUUCAACUAAUCAUUUACCUACUUAUUUAUCACAAUCUAAUAUUAAACGUAAAACUAUUUCAUCAAAACGUAAACGACGAACUGGUCUUCUACAUUUUAUAUUAUGUUUAUUAUUUGGUCGAUUAGAAACAUGGAAUGAUGUACGGUUAGAAUUAACUUGUUUAGCAAAUGCAGUAUUCCUUAGUAUUGUAAUUUAUUGUACAUGUCGACUUAUGUUUUGUCUUGUUAGUGUAUUUGAUGCUUAA